ACAGGGUCCUGCCGAGAUGAAAUUUAUCUGGCCCUUCCGCGUGAGAAGGAGCGAAGUGCUGGGCCACCAGACGACCACAAGCGAGAGGGAAGGAGGACAUGUGUGACCUUGCCUACUUUCGCCCUGUAGUAUCCAACUCUCAUUUCCAUUACACCCACUUAUCGUAGUAUCUGGCAAAUCAGGGCAUCCUGUACCUGCUUCUGGCCCCUACCUUUGCACCUCUACUCUCUGACUUUUCAUCCUCCUCCCCGGCCAUGGGCGACCGUGACUCUCCCCGGUCCCCACUCUCUCCCUACCGCGCCUACACUUCGUACCUCACCCCUUCCCCGAAGGCACAUGCUUUAUUCACGGCCCCACUCACUCGUCUAGCAAGGCGGACGACUGAUCUCGUGGACAGCAUCACUGGAGGAGCAGCCGCGAUAGAGGAGGAAGAGAGAGCAAAGGAGAGAAUUGAGCGGGAGAGGCUGAACACCUGCAAAGGGUGCAAAGUCGUCUUCGCCGGCGAGAGGGAGCUGACCAAGCAUCACCACCUCUUCCCCUCCCAUCUCGAAGAUGUGGAAGCUCGGAGGCAAGGACGUCGCCCAAGACACCUCAGACACACCUCAGGGCCCGCGUCCCCAAGCCUCCACGGAACCUCCUCCUCUGGACGCGCGAGGCGAUCAAGGUCUAGAUCGCGAGCUCGUCGAGCAACUACUUCGAGCCGAUAUGCCGACGCUCAAGAAGACUUUGAGAACAUUGGAUUGGACGGCGUCAAGCGAGCGCCGGUCCAGUCUCGAUCGGGACCUCCCCGUGCAGACGCGCCUCCACCACUGAUUGACUACGCCUCCCGCAAUGAGGCUCAAGGGCGGCAGAGUGCCGCUCGAGCUGCAGAGGCGGAGGAGCUACGCAGGCUCGCUCGUACAGCUCACCAAGAUAGGAGGGAACAGGAUGAGCAGGAUGGUGUGAACAGGCGAGGCAUUGCCAGAACAGCUAUCGCCCAAGGCAUGAGGAGGGGCUUGAGCGAGGGCAUGCUCGCAGCUCUAGCAACGAUGCCCACCAGACCAGAUGCAAGGCCGUCGGCCCCUCAGCUGUCCUUCCGGGAGAGGACUGCUCACUUACCCUUCACAUUCAAUCGAGUGACCGGAGAAGUAGACUCGGACAGCGAACGAGAGUGGGAUCAAGAGUCGUCUGCGAUCCACGGCGAGACGCGACCGCUGCAACAUGCGCCAACGUUGGCCAGCUUCGGUACAGGCUCGAGCGAGCACAACGCAGCAGUCCGUCAACGGUCUCUUCGGGCUGCUUCCUCAGCUAUCUCGCGGAUCGAGCCUGCUGAGUCCGGAUGGAUCAGCCCCACGCAUACCUUGGUGGAUGAUCCUCUCCCUGUAUACACGAACGGACUGAGGGCACUUGCUCCCGCCCCUUCGUACGAAGCUUCGCAGCAAAUUCAUCGCAGUCUCUCUCCCGAGCCUCUCCGGUCUCUAGUCACGCAGACGUCAGACUCUCACCUGCAAGGCCCCUCAUCUCCGGUGGACGCGCCUGCGUCGCCUGCUAGUCCUCGUACUGCAAGGCGAUCUCGCAGAAGGACAGGCUCCUUCUACGAAUCCAGACGGUCCAGAUCUCCGCCUACGACGCCGGCGAACCACUUGGGCAGGUCAGCUGCACUUCCUCCUCGUGACGCUCCUGAAGAGCCCUUCUCUCCCGGUCUUGCCAGUCCAGCAAGCAGUGGCUAUCCCCAAACUCCACGCACGCCCGCGCCGGGACCUCCCUCGCACAAUCGUACUUCCUCCUCCCCAAUCCUGGUCAGGAAGAUCUCCCGUCCACACCUUAUGACGCAGAACACCGGCGCGUCAAGUGCAAGUCUCAACCCCUUCUAUGGCUCUUUCUCCCGUGCCCCUCCUACAGGUGCAGCCCGUGAGCUGCAGAACCCCUGGGAGGUCGGACGAGGUGCGUCUGACGUUGAGUCUGAGUACUUCCCACCUCUGGGCGAAUUGAGCAUGAACGAGAGCGAUCCGACGGGAGCGGAAGGUCUGACUUCGACGCCGAUGAGUGGCGGUGGCCGCCGUCGCCGUGGUCUCCUCUCCAGCCUGAAUGACAGGCGAGGCUUCUGAGGAGCUCCAGUCGAGCGACGCUACGAUCAUUACGACUGUUGCAACUUUGCAACUUCUGGCACCAGAGUGUUUCACGUUUCCCAGCACUCCUCUACUGCAAAUCAUGACUUUGUAUCAAGGACCCAUCCCCUCUCACGACUUGUAUUCUCACAUCGUCUCCGCUACGUUGAAUCGCCCUCCGUGCCGUCCUUGUUGAUAGCUAGCUAGCGCCUCUGCCCGUGUCUGUGUCCUGGUCCCGUGGCCUCUGUAUCCUUACCCUCGCCUUUGCCCUCACCCUUGUAGCCCGAGAAUGGGAAUGCACACGCACGAACUCAUGAUGUUUCCUGAGUGGUCGUUCUAUGCUCGCUGCAAUAUAAGUUGUUAUCUGAUCA